AUGUCGCCCACUACCACCAUCUCCUCCAAAGCCCUCACCAGCAGCCAGAGCCACAAAAUCCACAACAACGGCAGCAUGGACGAAUUUGACGGCCGUACCAGGAAUGCCAAGGCUCAGAAGCGGCACAGAGAGAAGCAAAAGGCUCGUACGAAAGCUUUGGAAGAGUCUGUCCAGAUUUUGUCUUCCCAGCUGGACGAUGCGCGUCGACAACUCGGUCAGAUGCCUUAUGGUUCCAGCAACCCGCGCGCUCCCAUCACCAUUCACUCUCCCGAGUAUGCGCAGUUGAACGCCGAGAACCAAUACCUGCGCGAAGAGAACCAGGAUCUGAGACGACAAGUGUACACACUCCGUCUGACUUACGGUGGGCCACCCGAGGCUGGCAACCCCGCCGACUUUGGGGCUAGCCCGCCUUUGAGGCAGGGGAGCAGCCAUGGACAUCAUCCUAGAGUAGUCACCACUGUACGCACUCCUACGAGCACGACUUUCCCCGGCGUCGACGGAUUCCGUACCAACUCUGGCGACUCGUCUCGCACACGCGUCAUGUCGUCUUCUUCUGUACGUCCUCUUUCUGCUCCGUCGGCUUCACCGUAUCUCAAUUCUUCGUCAUUCGGUGACAUGCGAAACCCUUCAUCCAACCCCACUGCCACGGCCGGUCCUCCACCAGGAAGCGGAGUGGCCCAGCUCGACCGCUCUUAUGUCGCUCCCCGCUACGAACCCUACUACUCCCACAACGCCCCUCCACCACACGCCCUGCCUCGCUCUCAAGCAGUUUAUAACGCCGGCGUCGACAUGAACAACUACCGUUCUGGCGAGACUUCAUCAGGUGGCGACAACUUUUUCACUCCAGGCGAGGUAAGUUCUCAUCUCCUCCAAACCCAUUAG